AUGAAUUUUGAAUCAGUAUCUUCUCAUUGUGGUGCCAAACCUUUUUACAACACUCCUUGCCUUCGUCAAACCAAGUCGCUCACAAGCAAAAAGAUGGAAAAUCAUACCAUGCCACGCCGUAGUUAUUCAAAUACCUCGGUCUACAUGCGUAAAAAGCAAGAUGAUCCUCUUUUCACCCGGAACAAAUCCCGUUUACUCCGAACGUUGACCGAUCUAUUUUUGAAUAGACGCCGUCGACAGCAUGAACAACAACCCUCGUGCUGGCAUUCGCAAACAUACACAGUGGAUUUGAAGGACGAUGAUAGUAGUGACAUUAACAGCAGGCCUAUCAAGAAACUCAAACGACAACACAAACCACAUGCAGAAAAUUGGUGGGCUGUGUCUUCGGUGCCAGCAUCAGCGUUUUGA